AUGUCAGCGCUGGUGUCUUCCUCGCUGCUGAGGUCUUGUCCUCACAGUCUCAGAUCUGUAGUUGCAUUCAGACUCAGCAGGACACAGAAAUUAUGGAAAACAGCUUUGCUCCAGUGGUGUCGGUCUCUCCAUGUGGACAGUCCCCCUCACAUACCCUCUCUGACCACCAGCUACGUCCAUGGCACCUCCUCUGCCUCUCUGCUCUCCAUGACUGUGAGCCAGAGCCUGGACUAUACAGUCCAACGCUGGCCUGACCGAGAGGCUGUGGUCUUCCUGCAAGAUGGCAUCAGGAAAACUUUUCAUCAGUUUCAGCAAGAUGUUGAAAAGAUGGCUGCAGGUCUGCUUGCUCUGGGCCUGAAAAAAGGUGACCGACUGGGGGUUUGGGGACCCAACUCUUAUGAAUGGAUACUUUUCCAGUUUGCUUCGGCAAAAGCUGGAAUUAUACUGGUCUCACUGAACCCAGCCUACCAGGUGAAAGAAGUGGAGUUUACCCUCAAGAGGGUCCAGUGCAGAGCUGUUGUUUGCCCUACCAGCUUUAAAACACAACUUUUCUGCAAGAUGCUACGAGAGAUCUGCCCAGAGAUUGACACAUCCCCAACAGGCAUGCUCAAAAGCCCCAGGCUUCCAGAUCUGCGUAUGGUGAUUUUGACAGACAGCAGACAGCCAGGGAUGCUCCACACAGAGGACGUGAUGCAGGCAGGGGAAAGUCGACAUCACAAAGAGCUCAUGGAUCUGCAGAGCAAGCUGUCUUUUGAUGAACCCAUUAACAUUCAGUUCACAUCGGGGACUACAGGCAGUCCAAAGGGAGCAACUCUGUCGCACCACAACAUUGUCAAUAAUGCUUACUUUCUGGGCCUUCGAGUUGGUUAUGACUGGAGGCCUCAGGUACGAGUGUGUGUACCUGUACCCAUGUACCACGCCUUUGGCUCGGUGGCCGGAGGGAUGUGCAUGGCGGUGCAUGGUAUCACUCUAGUUUUCCCUUCAACUGGGUACAACAGCCAAGCCAACCUGGAGGCUAUCCAGAGUGAAAAGUGCAGUUUUGUCUACGGCACACCCACAAUGUACUCAGACAUGCUCAGCCAUCCAGAUUUACACAAGUAUGAUAUGUCUUCAGUUGAGGCAGGCCUUAUGGGAGGUUCUCCAUGCCCUUCUGAAGUUGUGAAAAAACUAAGAACAGAUAUGAACAUGAAAGAGAUAAUGCUAGCAUAUGGAACUACAGAGAAUAGCCCUGAGACGUUUGUGGGAUUCCCACAAGACAACGAGGAGCUGAAGACAGAUACAACUGGAUGCAUCAUGCCCCACACUGAGGCUAAAGUGGUGGAUCCCAAUACUGGGCAGAUAGUGCCUCUGGGGGCCUCAGGAGAGCUGCUGAUUAGAGGCAGCUGUGUGAUGUUAGGAUACUGGGAUGAUCCUGAGAAAACCAGCGAGGUUAUCUGUAAAGCUGGCUGGUACAGGACAGGAGACACCGCCAGUUUAAACAGUCUUGGAUACUGCCGCAUUGAAGGUCGAAUGAAGGACAUGAUCAUCCGUGGAGGGGAGAACAUCUAUCCUGCUGAGAUAGAACAAUUUCUUUUUGCACAUCCCAAAGUUAAAGAGGUGCAGGUUGUUGGAGUUAAAGAUGAAAGGCUGGGUGAGCAGGUGUGUGCCUGCAUCAGGCUGAAGGAGGGCCAGACUUCUACAACAGAGGAGAUCAGAGCAUUCUGUAAAGGCCAGAUUGCUCACUUCAAGAUCCCACACUAUGUUGUCUUUGUGGACAGUUUCCCUCUGACAGCCUCUGGAAAGAUAAAGAAGAACAUAUUAAAGGAGGAAAUGGAGAAGGAAUUGAACCUUUAAUUUCAAGGACCCUGAUGGACUCUGAGACUGUCUUUUGGAGAA